CUGAAUUGGGCUGGUUGUAUGAACCAUUGAGGUGUGAUUGCAGCCAAUGUAACCCAAAUAGAGGACAUAAGGCACAAACGGGAGUUGAUAUUCCGCCUGAUACAUAACAGCUGCGCCUUUCACAUUAGUGAACACUUCAACGCUUGACUACACUGCGCAAACAUUUAAAGAGGAAUACAAUCAUCAUCAACGCCGGCGUUAACUCUCAUUCAUCAGGGAGCUUUUUACUGGUGUUUCUUUACAUUUACCCGUGAUAUUAUAUGCAUGAUGUCCGUACAUUCACUGUGUAAAAGUGCAAGCUCCAGCUGCAGUAACAUAGCACCAGCAUCACUUCCCGUUACAUCUUCAUUUCUGCCUGCAUCUCCGACGCAUUGAUGGAGGAUGACGAUUUGAAGUAGCUAGCGGGAUAAAUCAUUAACAUAUUUGAAAUGCCGGCAUUCUCGUGUGCCUUUCCUGGCUGUCGCAGGGAUCUCCUGGUAAUAGUUUUAGUUGUGUUCGUGGGCAUUGGAUUACCAAUUGAAGCCUCUGCCCCUGCAUAUCAAUCGCAUGGGACUGAAGGCUCAUAUUUAACUAAUGUAACAAAUACUAAAAAGGCAUUUCCUGUACUUGCCGUAAAUUACAAACACGUACGACAGCCUUUUGAGAUCGCGCUAUGGAUCCUCCUCGCGUUAUUGAUGAAACUUGGUUUCCAUCUGAUCCCGCGUCUGUCUGGCGUGGUCCCAGAGAGCUGCCUGCUGAUCGUGGUGGGGCUGCUAGUGGGGGGGCUCAUCAAGGUGAUCGGAGAAGAGCCCCCAGUACUGGACUCCCAGCUCUUCUUCCUGUGCCUCCUCCCUCCCAUUAUCCUUGAUGCUGGCUACUUUCUGCCGAUCCGGCCCUUCACAGAGAAUGUGGGCACCAUCUUGGUGUUUGCGGUGAUAGGUACCCUGUGGAACACCUUCUUUAUGGGCGGCUUGCUGUACGCCUUGUGUCAGAUCGAGAGUGUCGGUUUGGGCGGAAUUGACCUGCUGGCCUGCCUGCUCUUCGGCUCCAUCGUGUCGGCCGUGGACCCUGUGGCCGUGCUGGCUGUGUUUGAGGAGAUCCAUAUCAACGAGUUGGUUCACAUCCUGGUGUUUGGGGAGUCCCUUCUCAAUGAUGCUGUCACAGUGGUUCUGUACAACCUGUUUGAGGAGUUCUCCAAAGUGGGGACGGUCACCGUAUUGGAUGUGUUCCUAGGCGUGGUGUGUUUCUUCGUGGUGUCCCUAGGAGGGGUCCUGGUGGGGGCCAUCUACGGCUUCUUGGCAGCCUUCACCUCUCGUUUCACCUCUCACACCCGCGUCAUCGAACCCCUUUUCGUCUUCCUUUACAGCUACAUGGCCUACCUCUCCUCCGAGAUGUUCCAUCUCUCUGGUAUCAUGGCUUUGAUAGUAUGUGGGGUUGUGAUGCGGCCCUAUGUGGAGGCCAACAUAUCCCACAAGUCCUACACCACCAUCAAGUACUUCCUGAAGAUGUGGAGCAGCGUGAGUGAGACGCUCAUCUUCAUUUUCCUGGGCGUGUCCACGGUGGCAGGGCCGCAUGCCUGGAACUGGACCUUCGUGAUCACCACCGUCAUCCUCUGUCUGGUGUCACGAGUACUGGGUGUGAUUGGCCUUACAUUCAUCAUAAACAAAUUCCGUAUUGUCAAGUUGACCAAAAAGGACCAGUUCAUUGUGGCCUACGGUGGCCUGCGAGGGGCCAUAGCUUUCUCCCUGGGAUACCUGCUGUCAAAUAGACACCAAAUGAGGAACUUGUUUCUGACAGCAAUCAUCACUGUCAUUUUCUUUACUGUGUUUGUGCAGGGUAUGACAAUCAGGCCCUUGGUUGAGCUACUUGCUGUGAAGAAGAAGAAGGAGAGCAAACCUUCCAUCAACGAGGAGAUUCACACAGAGUUCCUGAACCAUCUCCUCACAGGCGUUGAGGGUGUCUGUGGCCAUUAUGGGCAUUAUCACUGGAAGGAGAAGCUUAACCGCUUCAACAAGACCUACGUGAAGAGGUGGCUUAUAGCGGGCGAGAACUUUAAGGAGCCUGAGUUGAUCGCCUUCUACCGCAAGAUGGAGCUGAAGCAGGCUAUUAUGAUGGUGGAGAGUGGGCAGCUGCCCUCAGCUCUGCCCUCCACCAUCUCCAUGCAGAACAUCCAGCCCAGAGCGAUUCCACGGGUCUCUAAGAAACGGGAGGAAGAGAUCAGAAGGAUCCUGAGGUCCAACCUGCAGAACAACAAGCAAAAAAUGCGCAGCAGAUCCUACAGCAGACACACUCUGUUUGACGCCGAUGAGGAAGACAACGUGAGCGAGGUGCGCCUACGGAAGACGAAGAUGGAGAUGGAGAGGAGGGUCAGUGUGAUGGAGAGGAGGAUGAGCCACUACCUCACUGUUCCAGCUAACCGGGAGUCACCUAGGCCUGGGGUCAGGCGAGUCAGGUUUGAAUCAGACAACCAGGUUUUCAGUGCUGACAGUGUCCCUACUGUCCACUUUGAGCAGCCUUCCCCUCCCAGCACACCUGACGCUGUCAGCCUAGAGGAGGAGGUACCCAAGAGGCCUAGCCUGAAAGCAGACAUCGAAGGACCCAGGGGUAAUGCGUCAGACAACCACCAGGGCGAGCUGGACUACCAGAGACUAGCACGCUGUCUAAGCGACCCCGGUCCCAAUAAAGACAAGGAGGAGGACGAUCCCUUCAUGUCUUGUUAAAGAACAUCUUUUAAACUAUAGCGCUUCAAAUGAGAAGAAUAAUAGGAUUCCACUAUUUCAGAAGCUCCUUAAUUAUCCUCUGGCACUUAAUUGUAUGAGAUGGAGAUUUGUCUAUGGCAACAUCUCAAAGUAUCUCAUUUAUUGAAGGACAUUUCUAAUUUAUCUAUGUGCCGUUAUUGUUGUAUUUCUCAUGUUUGGGUCCUUGUUCUUUGGUAUUUUUUAUGUAAGAUAAUGUGAAUAAUUUGCCAAAGGUUCACAUACCAAUUGUUCUUGAACCAUUUUUCAAUAUCAUGUGUCAAGAUUUGUUUGGUUUUCAGAGAUUUUUAAAAUGUUUUUUGUUAUGUAAAAUCACAGCUUCCUUUUAGAGAGAGGAAUGUAGGUGUUUGUCAGCACUUCUGUCUUAAUGUUUUUCACAUGAUAGUGCUUUUCAUUCACUUUGUUUGCAUGAAUAAUAAAUAUGUUUUCUCAGGGACUGCAUCACAGGGUAGCUGGCCAACUACCCUUAGCAGCCAGAAAACACACUCCUGGUAACUAUAUAAAUACAAAUGCAAUUUCCAGUAUGUCUUUUGACUGGAUAAAAGCCUUUUCAUUGGAAGCAAGUAGCAAAAUAGAUUCCAUAUCACACAAAGUAAUCACACUCAUGCCUUGUCUCCACUGUAUUUGGGUCUGAAGCUGUCGAAAUCAAUUUAGACUUGUAAGUGAUUGUUUAAAAAAAGGAAGUUGCCAAGUUGAAUAAUUUUUAUAAAGACAAUGCAGGCCUAUUUGAAAUGGUUGAAUUGUUAGCAGUUUGUACUGAGAGGUAAAACAAGCUUUACAGAUAAUAUGCAUCAGAAAUUAAGAUGACUUCAUGACUGAGUUUAACAAUAAAGUGCUUAUAAAAUAAAAAUAUUUUGUUGGACAUUUUAAUAGUGAGAUUUGUGGUAAAAUAAUUCAGAUUUACUGCCAUCAGGAGUCAGUAUGUAGCCGAAGCCUGAAAUUGAUGAGAGAGGAGGGGGUGAGAGAGAAAGGGCCAGUUGCCAGGACCACAAAUACAAAUUCCAUCUAGACACCGUUGCCCUAGAGCACACAAAAAAACUAUACCUUGGCCUAAACAUCAGCGUCAGAAGUAACUUCCACAAAGCUGCGAACAUGUGCCAUCAAAAAGAACAUACAAUUUAACAUAUCAAUUAGGAUCUGGCUAAAAAUACUUGGAUCAGUUAUAGAACUCAUUGCCCUUCAUGAUUCGGCAGUCUGGGGUCUCACCAACCAAGAAUUCACAAAAUGGGACAAACACCAAAUUGAGACUAAAAUAUCCUGUGUGUACAAUGUAAAACACCAAAUAAAUGCAUGCAGAGCAGGUCGAAACCCGCAAAUUAUUAAAUUCCAUAAAAGAGCUGUUAAAUUCUACAACCACCUAAAAGGAAGCGAUUCCCAAACCUUCCAUAACAAAGCCAUCACCUACAGAGAUGAACCUGGAGAAGAGCCCCCUAAGCAAGCUGGUCCACCCCACAGAGCCCCAGGACAGCAACACAAUUAGACCCAACCAAAUGAGAAAACAAAAAGAUAAUUACUUGACACAUUGGAAAUAAUUUAUCAAAAAACAGAGCAAACUAGAAUGCUAUUUGGCCCUAAACAGAGAGUACACAGUGGCAGAAUACCUGACCACUGUGACUGACCCAAAAUUAAGGAAAGCUUUGCCUAUGUACAGAUUCAGUGAGCAUACUAGACACAUUUCCCCCAUAAAAAGAUUACACAUACCCACAAAGAAUUUGAAAACAAACCCAAUUUUGAUAAACUCCCAUAUCUAUUGGGUGAAAUACCACAGUGUCCCAUCACAGCAGCAAGAUAUUUGACCUGUUGCCACAAGAAAGGGGCAACCAGUGAAGAACAAACACCAUUGUAAAUACAACCUAUGUUUAUUGAUUUUCCCUUUUGUACUUUAACUAUUUGCACAUAUGACAUUUGAAAUGUCUUUAUUCUUUUGGAUCUUUUGUGAGUGUAAUGUUUAAUUGUUUAUUGUUCAUUUCACUUUUGUUUAUUAUCUACUUCACUUGCUUUGGCAAUGUUAACAUAUGUUUCCCAUGCCAAUAAAGACCUUAAAUUGAA